AUGGUUUCAGCUCAGAGGAAAGUUUCCUUGAUACCCCGUUUGAGAUUGGCCACGUAUGCCCGCAACAUGAAAAAGCUGAGAGAUCCUCGAUGGAUGAGCAAAAGCGGAGCUUUCACAGGGAAUCUUUCUCACUUCCGAAGACACGCUUUUCCGGUUCUUCUUGAGCAUAAUUUGUUGUGUGUGUUUGAUGCUCUACGAAGAGCUAAAACGCAAGUGUCAUUCGACUUGGCUACCAAGCUGUUUGAAUUACAUAUGCCUCAGACCAUUCAUUGUCACUACUUUUUGGGCAAGCAGCAUAUGCGCAAGGUCUUGCGUGAGAGAUUUGAUGUCAUCAUCUCAGGUCCACUGCCAAAAGACUUUGCCAAGUUGGUGGGGCGCUGUUAUCCUGAUAUUGUUUCCACACAUCUAACGGUCGUGGCCUUGUAG